UGACGCAUUCCAACUCAUAACUCGCCUGCGAUCGGAUACUUUCAGCAAACCUCACAUCUCUUAAGCAAAUUUUUACACCUCUGAACAUCUCUAUUCACCUUUUCAACAUCUUUACCAUUAAUCUGAGCAUUUCCCUGCACGAAUAUCAUCUUCUGAAGAAAUGCCGCAUUACACCAGCUGGGAUUCGUCCGACUCUGGACCGUGGGUUGAGGCUGGUGACUUCCAGCACUUUGUCCCUGACCCCCAUGUGUACCCCCAGAAACAGGACUUCACCCCCAUCACUCAGUGCCAGGCGUGUUACGGCCUGCCUGCCCAGCCGUAUUACGCAAGCUGGGAUUCGACCAACUCUGAACCGUGGGCUGAGGAUGGUGAUGUCCAACACGUUCUCUCCGUACCCCACGUGUACCACCAGGAACAGGACUUGACCCCCAGCACUCAGGACCAGGCGUACUACAGCCUGCCUGCCCAGCCGUAUUAUGCAAGUUGGGAUUCGUCAAGCUCUGAACCGUUGGUUGAGGAUGGUGACGUCCAGCACCUUGUCCCUGCCCCCCAUGUGUACAACCAGGAACAGGACUUUUCCCCCAGCACACUGGGCCAGGUGUACUACAGCCUGCCUGCCCAGCCGUAUUGCGCAAGUUGGGAUUCGUCGAGCUCUGAACCGUGGUUUGAGGAUGGUGAUGUCCAGAACCUUGUCCCUGCCCCCCACGUGUACCACCAGGAACAGCAGUUCACCCCCAGCACUCAGGGCCAAGUGUAUUACAGCCUGCCUGCCCAGCCGUAUUACGCAAGCUGGGAUUCGUCCAACUCUGGACCGUGCAUUGAGGAUGGUGAUGUCCAACACGUUGUCUCUGCGCCCCACGUGUGCCACCAGGAACAGGACUUGACCCCCAGCACUCAGGACCAGGCGUACUACAGCCUGCCUGCCCAGCCGUAUUACCCCAGCUGGGACUCUUUUUCCUGCUCUGGACCGUGCGUUGAAGCUGGUGACCCGCCACACCCUAACCCAUCCUCCCACGUGUACCACCAGGAGCAGAUAUUCACUCCCAGCACUCAGGACCAGCAGAUAGAGCUUCCAGGGAUGGCUGCACUUUCAGAGGACCAAAAUUGCAGCUCCAUGCCUGAAUAUCUGGGGACCAAGUAGAAGACAUCAGGACCACAGAUCCAUAGACCAAGUCCCUACUGAGUUAUAAUGGACUUUUCAAUAAGGAUUUACA